UACGAGUAUACGAAGCGGUCUAUGUGCUACGAGGCCCCGCCUGCAUACUAUUCGCUGCAUUCGCUCUUGUGAUACAAUAACGUGCUACGUAAUGCCUAAUUUGAUGCGUUCCCCGCUGCUUAACAAGUCACACAGCAUGUCAGAGACUGACUUGGCAAAUGUCGACCUAAGGGACUGCGAUUUUUCAUUUGAGGAAAAUGUUACACAGAGAGACUGCAAGCGCCCGCGCUUGGCGGACACAGCCACAGAAAGUAAAAAAACUGAUAUUCGAACAAUCAUACGAGAAGAACUUAGCGAUGUUUUGCAGUCUCUUCAAUCACAACAAAUUUUACGCUUAGACACACUUGAGCAACAUAUAUUGGACAUAAAAAAUACAAACACAAACAUAGAAACCACGAUAUCAUUCCUUGCUUCGCAGAAUGAUGAACUGAAAAGAAAAAUAGAAAACCUGGAAAGCCAAAACAAGAAAGAUAAGGAACAAAUAACUAUUUUAGAGCAAAAACUGGAAGACAUUCAGAGAGAGGGACGGAAAAAAAACUUUGAAAUUAAAAAUGCACCUAGACAGAACGAUGAAACGAGAGAAACCUUGAUUGACAUGGUAAAGACCUUAUCGAAAACAGUUGGAUGCAAGCUUGAUGAGAGAGAUAUUACGGAUGUUUAUAGAAUCAAAGGAAAAAAGGGCGCAAAGAGCGACUCGCCCAUUAUAGUUGAAACCUCAUCUGCGAUACUGAAAACAGAGUUACUGACAAUGUGUAAGGCCUUCAACAGGAGAACGAAACAAAAGCUCUGUGCCAAACAUCUUGGGUGUAAAAGCAAUGGAGAUACUCCUGUUUUUGUCUCGGAGCAACUAACCAUCAAAGGCGCCCGAUUGUUUUUCCUGGCGCGUGACCUGGCAAGGACAAACAAUUACAAAUAUUGUUGGACUGCGUUUGGCCGAGUGUACCUGCGAGAGCAUGACACGUCUCCUGUCAUUACAGUAACCAAUGAAGCCCAAAUAAACAGCUUGAUGCAGAAAACCUGACUAGGCAUGCUUGGGCGCUGUUCGGUAGAAAGAAGAAUUUUAUUUUCUUUAUUAGUUUGUAAUAUUACUGUUAAUUUUUUGUUUACAAAAUUAAUCUUGUUAGUAUUACUUUAUAUAAUUUCUCCAAAAAUUACACACACACACACACAAAACACAAAUACACAUACAAAUCAGAUUUUUACACAGCUUAUAUUGAGUUCAGGAGCCUCAAUUCGACAUAAUAUUUACAUAAAUAAUAUUAGAAAUGUAGAAAUAGUUCUCGGUUCUUUUAACAAAAAUAAUUAUGAAUAAUUCUCUGAAUAAUUUACAAGUAAUAGAUAAAAUUGAGAUAGCACAAUCAAGAGCCGACAGCAUUCAAAAUUUUGCAAAUACACCACAGAACGUUAUAUCAACGGACUUCACUAUAAUUGCACAAAACAUCCGUAGUAUAUAUAAAAAUUUUGACAACUUAUGUGUGUCUUUAUCUAAUUUAAAAUUUGAGACCGAUUUGAUUGUGUUAAGCGAGUGUUGGCUUGACACAAGUAAACCAAUUCCGGCAUUGAAUAAUUAUACAUCGUUUUCUACUACUAACCAUCUCAACCAAUGUGACGGAGUAGUCGUUUAUCUGAAAACCUCACUCAAAAGCAGCAUAAAAGAAAUUAAACUGACGGAUGCAUCGUGCGUGCAGGUGACUUUACCUAAUCACACAAUUCUCUGUAUUUAUCGCUCUCCUUCGACCACAAAUACAGACAGUUUCUUAAACUCGCUGAACAGUCAUUUGGAAAGUUUGAAAAACAAUAAAAAUGUAAUUGUUACUGGCGACAUCAAUAUAAAUAUUAACGCUACUGAAAAACGUCCCAUGAGCUCACAUGAACGUUCUAAUAAGCUGUCAUAUCUCAAUAUGCUUGCUAUGCAUGGUCUCCUUCCAGGCCACGUACUGCCCACAAGGGAACACACUUGUCUUGAUCACUUCAUGUUAAAAAUAGAUAGUAGCAUAUUUUCGGCAUCUAUUGUGGUAUUUGAUAGCACUGUAACAGACCAUCGUAUGAUAUUUUUAAAAUUAAGCAGUACCAUGAAACCUGAAAUCCAUAAAACAAAAUAUCAGACAAUUGUUAACUACGAAAAGGCAAUCCUUUGCCUGAAAGAAAGUAACAUAAAUGAUCUUAUUACAUAUAAUAAUCCUGCUGAACUGACUGAUACCCUAAUAACUAUAUUACAAAAAUGUUUAAUUAAUAGCACUACUACAAAGCCUAUAGUUUCCAAAAACCGCUUGAUUAAACCUUGGAUUACACCAGGACUAUUAAAAUGUAUCCGAAAUAGAAAUGACUUGCAGCAAAAAUCACGAUCUGACCCGUUUAACGAAAUUUUAAAAAUCACCUACAAAAGGUAUCGAAAUUUUUGUGUUAAUUUAAUU